UGGACAGUCUUUUCAGUGGAUGUCUUAAAUCCAGCAAUUUCUGUCAAUUCACACAUGAAAUCUAUCAAUCAGGAAUUGAUCUAGUUUUCUCCUAGGAGUUCUUUAUUGAUUAGCAUAAUUUUGGUCUAUGGAGGACCUAUGCAGUUUAUGAGCAAAAAUUGAUUUCUCUGUGUCACUUCUUUUGGUCCAUCUCUUCUUGUUAAAUUUCAGGGCACAUGGCAAAACUUUGAAAAAAAAAAUUGUGUUUAAAUUUACAGUUAAAAAAAAUUGAGAGUAAACUUUUUUGGACACUAUAGAUGUGGGUGUUAAGGAGACUUUAAUAUUCCUCCAGUAUUGGAAUUCUGUUCCCCCAGUAUUGGAAUUCUGUGCUGGUCCUAUCAAUUCGGGCAGUGGCAAGAUCAUUUCCAUGGAGCAUUCACAGUUGUAACAAGGUUUACAGUUGCUUUUCCUUUUCCUUGGACCAUAACAAGAAUACACACAGAAGCAUCAUGGAGACAUAAAAAUUCAGAUCCCUGCAGAAAGACUGCAUAAGGUGAAUUCCUCCAUAGCCUACUGGACUUGGCCAUUGUCCCCCUUCUGGCAGAGCUGACUGGACACUUGAAGAAACUCCUCCCAGACAAUUAUGGGGGUCCACGUGGUGGGAGUCGUAGCAGUCAUCAUCUUCUACAUCUUAAUCCUAGGGGUGGGACUCUGGGCAGCUCGAAAAUCCCGAGGGGAAACAGACAGUGAGAAUGUGAUGCUGGCGGGGAGGAACAUUGGGGUUCUAGUGGGGGUCUUUACCAUGACAGCUACAUGGGUAGGAGGGGGAUUUAUCAAUGGAACAGCUGAAUACAUAUUCAAGGAUGGCCUGGUGUGGUGUCAAGCUCCUUUUGGAUAUGCCUUAAGCUUAGUGUUUGGUGGUCUAUUUUUUGCUGAGAAGAUGAGAACGGAGGGUUAUGUGACAAUGCUGGACCCCUUCCAAGAGAAGUAUGGACAAAGGAUGGGGGGUCUCUUAUACAUUCCUGCCCUCCUCGGUGAGGUGUUUUGGACAGCAGCCAUUCUAGCUGCUCUUGGUGCUACGAUCUCUGUUAUUAUUGACAGUGAUGUAAAGACGUCCAUUAUUGUGUCUGCCUGUAUUGCCGUAUUCUACACCUUGUUUGGUGGACUGUAUUCUGUUGCCUACACAGACGUUGUACAGCUCUUCUGUAUAUUCUUUGGUCUGUGGAUAACCAUUCCAUUUGCCAUGACUAACGAACAUGUAGGAGACAUUGCUGUUAAUGCAUCCUCCUUAUGGAUCAAAUCCAUUGACUCUCAAUACACGGGGGUGUACAUCGAUGGCAUGCUGCUGCUGAUUUUUGGGGGAAUCCCCUGGCAAGUCUAUUUCCAGAGAGUUUUGUCUGCCAAGUCGGCAUUCAAUGCCAAAAUCCUGUCCUAUGUGGCAGGGGUGGGCUGUAUUGUGAUGGCCAUCCCCUCAGUCCUGAUUGGUGCUAUAGCAACAACUACAGACUGGAACAGUACUGACUAUACCCUUAAGGAUCAUCGAGAGUUCCCCAUCCCCCCAGAGAACAUGAAUCUGAUCCUCCCUAUGGUAAUGCAGUAUUUGACGCCCACCUGGGUGGCAUUCUUUGGUCUGGGGGCGGUGUCUGCAGCUGUGAUGUCAUCAGCAGACUCCUCCAUUCUGUCUGCCAGCUCCAUGUUUGCCAGAAACAUUUACAAAUUAUUAUUUAGACAACAGGCAUCAGAACAAGAGAUUGUGAAUGUGAUGCGGGUGGGUAUAUUUGGAGUGGGUAUCCUAGCAACAAUAAUGGCCAUCAUGGUGGAUUCUAUCUACAUGCUGUGGUACCUCUGUUCUGAUCUUGUGUACGUCAUUCUGUUUCCGCAGCUUGUCAGUGUCGUCUAUCUGAAAGGCACCAACACCUACGGAUCUUUAGGAGGGUUCAUUAUUGGCUGGUUCUUCCGCUUAAUGGGAGGAGAAAGCAGCAUGAAAAUUCCAGCUGUCAUAAAGUACCCCUGGUACGAUGAGGCCAGUGGGACACAGCUGUUUCCAUAUAAAACCUUCUGUAUGCUUCUGUCCUUUGCAUCCAUAAUCCUCAUCUCCUACCCUGCAAAAUACAUGUUUGAACGAGGAAUGAUCCCCCCUAAAUAUGAUGUAUUUAUGUGCAUUGUUAAUUUUCCGGAAGAGAGUAUAGCGCUAGCAUCCAGUAAAAUGUCGGAACUGACCGCUGUGACUCCUACAGAGGUGAAUGGAAAAAUCAACCCAGCUCUCAAAUUUUCACAAGAUGACUUGCUUGCUGUUGAGAAGCAGUAUGGAAGGAAAGAAAAUGGAGAUACGGAACAUGCCAAGUUCCUAACACCAGAUGAUGCUCUCCAUCAAAAAGAAUCUCCAUAGGAAUUUUCAGUUUUGAUUGGUAGAGCCCCUGGUUACCAUAUCUCAUGGCCAGGAUAUCGAAAGUAAAGGGAAACUACUCCUACAGGAAAAACUCCAUAAGAUACAUUUUUAUAUAGAUAGUGUUUCAUUAAAAUUUAAGUAUUAUUUGAAAAAUGGUGAUUGCUGAUACAUGUAUUAGUAAAUGCAUUUAUUCAGACUGCAAUCAAAUUUUUAGUACGGUAUUCCAGACCGUAGCAUACAGUUAAGUACUUUGGUUUGUUUACUGUGAUACUGUAAAAUUUCAAGAGAGGUUUAAUAAAGAGAACUUUUUUAACAUUAAUCUGGUAUUAAAAUGAUUCUUCUAAAUUAGGUGUAACUGGAGGGAUUACAGAGAUACAUGCAACAUUUGUAGUUACUAGUUUCCUACCUACAAACUCAAAGAAAAAAACUGGUCUCCUAUGAAGACCCUUGAGCUUUUGAUAAAUGUCUUUUAUUUUGGCCAGUUGGCAAUAUGAUACAAGUACACCUGUUGUGAUAGAAUAAAUUUACCAGCAGCUAA